UGAAAUUAAGGGGUGUAAACCCAGUCGUGAAAGCGUUCAGAGUUAUCACGUGAUUCUCAAAAUGGCUGACGGAGUGGAACCUCCCCCAUUCGACAACGAUGAAGAAGAUGUAAAAGAGGACGAUGAUUUAUUUUCAGAUGCCAAGGAGAAGCCAUCAUCACCAGAAACUGAGAAAUCUCCUGACCCUCCUCAUAAUGGUGUAGAUCAUACGCCUGAUGACGACAUUGAUGAAUUAUUUAAAGGUGGAAGUUCAGAAAUUAAACUUGAUUCCGAUGAAGAGAAUGAAGUUCAAGACAAUGGAGAUAAAGCUCCAGUGUCUUCUAAGCCAGAGAAAGCAUUGGCCUCCCAAGCCAAGGAGUCGACUCCUCAAAUUUUGGUUUCACAAGCAACAACAGCAAAAACAAAAGUAGCAGCGCCUUCCUUAAAAUCUGUUGAUCCUUCUGAUUCUACUGAUGAGAAAGAAGCCUAUGAAAUGGAAAUAAAAAUAACAGAGUCUUCUAAAAUGGGAGAGGGAAUGUCAGCUUAUAUUGUUUAUAAAAUUAUAACCAAGACAUCAAAUCCUGCCUACAGGCGACCAACAAAUGCAGUACUCCGACGCUUUAGUGAUUUCUUAGGGCUACACGCCAAAUUGGUUGAAAAACAUGUGCCUUUAGGAAUUAUUGUGCCACCUGCUCCAGAAAAAAGUGUUUUAGGAAUGACGAAGGUGAAAAUGUCCAAAGAAGAAUCUGGUUCAUCAGAUUUUGUUGAAAGGCGCAGAGCAGCACUUGAGAGGUUUCUUGUUCGAACAGCUGCUCACCCUACUCUGGCUAGUGAUCCUGAUUUUAUAGAAUUUCUUGAAAAAGAUGGAGAUCUCCCAAAGUCAACCAGUACAUCAGCACUAAGUGGGGCAGGUGUAAUGAGAUUGUUUCACAAAGUUGGAGAGUCCCUGGAGAAGAUCACCCUCAAAGUGGAUGAAAGUGAUGAGUGGAAUCAAGAGGUGGAGUGGUUUGAGGAAAAGCAACAACAGGUGGAAGCAUUGGACAUACAGUUAAGGAAACUUCAUAAUAAUAUUGAAACACUUUCAAUUCAUCGCAAAGAACUUAGUCAGAGUACAGCUAUUUUUGCAAAGAGUGCAGCCAUGUUGGGCAAUGUUGAGGAACACACUGCAUUGUCCCGCGCUCUCUCGCAGCUCGCUGAGACAGAAGAAAAGAUUGAGCUACUGCACAAAGAACAAUCAGAAGCAGAUUUUUUCCUAAUGGCAGAGCUAAUGAAAGACUAUGUAGCCCUCAUGGGUGCUGUGAAGGAUGUUUUUCAUGAAAGAAUUAAGACCUACAAGGUCUGGAAAGAUGCUGAAAGCACACUGGCCAAGAAGAGAGACGCUAAAGUUAAGCUGGAAAUGCAAAAUAAAUUAGACAAAAUUACUCAAGCUCAGGCAGAGAUCACUGAGUGGGAGCAAAAAGUUGAGAAGGGUCAAGAAGACUUUGAAACUAUUUCCAAAAAUAUUAAGAAAGAAAUGUCUAGGUUUGAAAAACUUCGAGUCAAUGACUUCAGAGACAAUGUGAUUAAAUAUCUGGAAAUACUUAUGGAUAACCAGGAGAAGCUAAUCAAGUAUUGGGAAACAUUUCUGCCUGAGGCUAAAGCAAUAGCUUGAAAGUCUUUAUUUUAUUAUAAUUUUUUGUCUUUGUAUAAUAAUUGUCUAUUACAGUGAAUGUAUGCAUCUUUUUUUCCUUUGAUGAAAAAAACAAAUAAAAUAAUUUUCCAACCAUACCUUGUCUCACUUUAAAAGUGAUUAGUGUAACAUUUUCUUCCCUCACAUACUCUCACAGGUACCAUUGCCAUAUUUUUAUAUUAUCUAUCAAGGUUUAUAUGAUUUCUAUCGAUUUGUUUAAUUUAAGUUACUAUAUAUGUAUCACAAAGUUAAUUUUCACAAAAGCAAAUAUACUGCUUCUAGUUUAUAUCUCAAAUGAAUAUAAAAUAUAGUUAAACUUUACACAUUUAAGUUUAUCAAAUGGAUUUAUCUGUGUACUGUAUUUCAACUGUUGCAUUAAUUAAAUUUUGAAUAUUUCCUUUUUUUUUUUAAAAAAAGGGACUUAAAUGGUUUAAAAGUUUAUCAACAAAAUUCACAAAUUCUGUCCCAGUGUGAUUGAAUACAUAUUUAAAUUCAUGAAUGUUACACAGGUUUGUUUGGUUUUCUACACAAGAUUUCACUUGUUUUGAAGUUUAUAAGACAUUUUGUCAAGUCCUCACAGUCACCUAACUUUUGAGUUAUCAGUCAAAAUGUCAUGUUUUCUAAAUGUUGGAAUGCCAUAUUAUUAAUUUAUAUCUUUUGUAUACAAAAUAAAAUAGCCUUAAUCAUAAACUGUGUUUGAAACAAUUUUUACACAAUUACUGUCACCAAAACUAAUGAUUAAAAAAAAACAAAUGACCUAGGUGAAUGUGAUUAGACCAUGACAAAAUGAGUACAAAUGAUGUCAUGUUUUCACCAAUGAUGUUCUCAAACUCAUCUUGUUUGACGCCAAGCAAAGUCUGGGGAUCUUGGUUAACACAAGGCUUUUAAUCAACAAUUAAUUACAUAUAUAAUGUUUAUGUAAAAAAUGUCCAUGUAUAAAGUCAUAUUCACAUUGAAUUUAUCUUGUGAUAAUGUAGGAAGUGCGAUUGUAUGCUUAAUUUUGUGAAAUUGAGAUGGACACUUUGCUUCUUGUUUUAUUUUACAGAAUACAAAAUAAUUUGUAUCAAUGUUUUGCUGAGCUCAAGUUACUUCAUUGAAAAUGACAAUAAGACUGUCAUUAGCUAUUAAAGUCAAUGUUGUCCUUUUUUUUUGUCACAAAUAACUGAAAGCAAAAUUCAUUCCAGAUUUUGAGCAUAUAUAUUUCUUAGCAUCCAGAAAUUUGUGGCAUGUUCAGUAUUUUAUGUUGUAUUUUUGUAGUCUGUGUUUUAAAAAAAACAACAUAUUAUUAUAUUACUAUUUUUUUUUAUAUAGGUGAUGAUUCUAAAAGUAUGUUUAGUUGGAAAAUGUAUGUUGUCCCUAACUUUCCAAAAUUUAAAUUAAAUUAUAAAAAUUUUAA